CCUGCAUCUACUUUGGCACUAUGUCCUCCCAACACGAGGCUAGCAACCUUCCGGCUAAAACUGCCGACACCGACGCCGAGAACUCCUCGGUCAGCAUCGUCGACGAAGACGAACUCAAGCUGGUAAUACUUCAAGAGGGAGACCCGAGGGGAUAAACUAUGCAGCAAUGGGGCAGCUGAGACUUACCUUCGGUAACGUCGUCUUCUAGUUGGGAACUGGUUGGCUACGGGUAUCUUCGUUUGCGACUCUCUGCCCGUCGGACUGCUGGCUGGCCCAGAUGGGCCGCCGGCGCAAGGGCAGCAGGGUCGGCGAAGGUUGAGAUCACACCGUUUGAACCUGAACAGCGCUCAGACCUGCGUAGGGAAGCCCCCAGUGUCGCCUUUCAUCCGCCUCCCCGACAUCCGGGGGGCCCAGGCAGAGAUACUGACCGUUUUGCUUUUUUGUGUGUUCUCAGCGCAAACUUGGUUAUAAGCAGUCGCUGCACCGCAGCUGGCACUUCAUCGAAAGCUUUGCAGCGAGCUUCGUCGCGAUGAAUUUCAUCGGCGGCGUCCGGUAACUUGACCCAGCAAGCCUAGAUAGUGCUCUAGGCGUCUAACACAUCGGACAGGUCCGGUUUCUUCCUCGGUCUAUUGGCGGGAGGUCCUGCGGCCAUCUGGUCCUCGUAUAUCAUUUCCAUGAUAUUCAUGUUCAUCACCGCGGCGGUCCUAGCGGAAAUCUGCUCUGCGCUUCCGCUCAGUGGGUCAAUCUAUAUCUGGUCGGCUGAAAGUGCGGGCCCCAAAUAUGCCCGCUUCUUCGGAUUCAUCGUCGCUUGGUGGUCUACCACCGCUUGGAUGACCUUCGCUGCGGGCAAUUGUCAGACUACGGCGAACUACAUCGUAUCACAACUGGCUGUCUGGGAAAUCGACUUCCCCGGCGGUGUUGGCAACGACAACAUCAAAUGGCGUGCCCUCAUCUGGGCCGUCUCCGAAGGUGUCCUCCUGGUUUCCAUUGCCAUCAACUACCUUCCUCCGCGCUGGUAUUCGUUCGUGUUCAAGUUCUCCGUUGCGCUUUACGCCCUCGACUUCUUGCUCUGUGUCAUCUGGCUUCCCAUCGGCGUUUCGAAGACCUAUGGCUUCCGCUCAGCUAAAGACGUGUUCACCAUGACAUACAACGGAACUGGAGCUCCCGCUGGAUGGAACUGGAUGCUCUCCUUCCUUUUCACCGCCGGUACCAUGAUUGGCUUUGACGCGUCGGGCCAUAUUGCAGAGGAGACCAAAAAUGCUAGCGUCGUCGCUGGCCGCGGUAUCAUUUCCAGUGUCGUUGCCACGGGUGUCUUGGGCUUUGCCACCACGAUCCUGUUCUUGUUCUGUACCCCGGACCUGGACACGCUCUUCGCCUUAGACGCCCCGCAGCCGUUCGUGCAGAUCUAUGCGCUUGCCCUUGGCAAGGGCCCGAGUAUCUUCAUGACUGUAAUUGCAUCCGUCGGUCUCAUCCUUAGCACCAGCGUGGCCAUUGUCGCAGCCUCCCGCCUCAUAUUCGCCGUUGCCCGUGACGGCGUCCUGCCCCUCUCGUGGUGGAUCGGGAAGGUCGACGCCUCACGCCAGCCGCGCAACGCGGUCACCGUCAUGUUCGUCUUCGGCGCACUCAUCCUGUGCACGAUUCUCCCCAGUCAGGUCGCGUUCACAUCCCUGGUCUCCGCGGGUGGUAUUCCGACGACCGCCGCUUAUGGGUUGAUCUCCCUGUUGCGUCUUACCAUGACGCCAGAUGACUUCAAGGGGUCGCAUUUCUACCUGGGCAAAUGGAGGAAGCCGUUCUAUCUGGCCGCUGUUAUUUUCAACGGGAUCGUCUUCUCCGUGCAAAUCUCUCCGUUCUUCUUCCCUACGGAUGCGGAAACCUUCAACUUCUCAUGCGUAAUUCUCGGAGCGGCGACAGUCUUCGGCAUCCUCAGCUGGUACUUCGUCCCGGAGGAGAAGUGGCUCCGUCGCGCGCAGAUCGAGCAACAGCUCCGCGUUGCGGACGAGCCCCUGGACGCCGAGAAUUCGAGCGCGUCCACUUCCGCCUUCAAUCCCACCAACACUACUACCUCCAAGCGCAUGGACUAGUUCAGGGUCAGCGGAGAGAGUGAUUGGGUAUCGCGCGUAGUUGAAUGUGCUUGCAUUGAAACUUUUCCGACCGUAUGGUUCCCUUACAGUCAACGACCUUAGCCUCUUAGAAGAAAAUGUGUUCUGCCUGCUUGAAUUAUAUCGUGAUGCUUGUUCCGACAUAUUUCGCUAAAUCUG